AUGAGUUCUAGUACAUCCUGGCUACAAACCCUACUUCCAAAGGAAGAAGAAUCUAAUAGCAUAUCUCAAAUCGAUUCAAGUGAAGAGAUUUGGGCAUUAGAUAAUGAGACAAUCAUAUGCUUUGAUAUUCAAGGAAAUAAAAUAGGCUGUGUUGUUUUCAAUUUUGAAUAUGCUCAGUUAAGUAUUAUGCCGUCUGAUUUGGAUAUCCAGAAUAAUGAAUAUAUGAUUAUUUUGGGUGAAAGAAAUUCGAAAAAACACAGCCUUGAGCUACUUCUGAACAGAAUAUUGCGCCAAUUUGAUGUGACCCACGUAUUAAUUUCAUCAAGAUUCAACAACGAGAUGUACCAUACAAUUUUAAGUUACUGCACCGAUGUGGGUUUAAAAUUCAAAACUGCAAGCACUAGGUAUUUCAAAUCCAAUGAAGACAUAAUAGCUAAAUUACAGGACUCUGGCGAGAGAAGUUUCAAAGCUUGGUUGUUGGAAGCAGAUAAAUAUUCGAAUAUAACCGUUAGAGCUCUUAUCGGACUAUUCUGGUGGGACGCAGAAGUUAAUCAAGGAAGAAAACAAAUGAAUACAGGCUUAGAAAUCCCAAAAUUUGAGAAACUCAGCUUUAUCAAUCUAGAUGGUAUGGUAUAUGUGGAUUAUUUAACUCUAUCUGCACUUAGAAUUUUACAACCUCUCGUAAAACCAUACGCUAAUAUUGAAAACUGCAAUGCCGCUUUCAGUUUAGUAGAGCUUUUCACAAAUGUCAAAUCGAAAAUUGGGAAAAAGCUCCUAAAAAAUUGGUUAAAAUUACCUAUUAAUGAAAUGGAUGAGUUAGUAGAGAGGAUUCAGACUACAGAGCUUAUACUAUAUCCUGAAAAUUAUUCUUGUUUCAUAGAGAUUAUUCAUAUCCUGAAUAAUCUACCUGAUGUCAAAAACUCAUUUACCAAGCUUGAUGAAGAUAUAUUUGCCAGUUCGGCUUGGUCAGGCAUAUUUAACUUCUUGAGGCAUUCCGUAACUAUCAUAAGCAGGAUCAGGAGAAUUGAUAAAAAGAUUGAAUCACAGCUGAUUACCAAACUACAAAAUACUGAAAUCGCUUCCUUAGUGGAUACAAUUGAUUACCUAAAUUCAGUUAUUAAUUAUAAUAAACUAUUUACUGAUAAAGAAGUUGAAAUAGUUGAAAACAUUAAUUUUGAGUAUGAUCAGUUCAAAAAAGUAUAUACCCGAUUGGAAGCAAUGCUGAAGACAAUUGUUGAUGAUAUAAUUGAAGAACUGCUAUCUGAUUCAAAAAACAGACUCGACCAUUUAAAUUUAGCUGAAGGAUUGAACGCUCUAUAUAUACCACAAUUAGGAUUCUUGGUGACAAUAGAAAAUACAAGGGUUCAUUAUUGGGGUGAAGUAUGGGGAUCCCUUAAUUGGCAACUUGUAUUUAAAGACAACAGCCACCAUUACUAUAAGAAUAGUAUGGUAACAUCUUUGGAUGAUGAGUUUGGUGAUUUAAUGACAAAAAUAUUUGAAUUGAAGCUUGAAAUUUUAGCUAAUGUAAGAGAGAAUCUGGUCAAACAUAGAAGUCUGCUCAUUGACAUUUCAGAAAUUUUUGGGCGGCUUGAGGUUUUAAUAUCAUUUGCAAUAUUAGCAAAUGAGAGGAACUAUUGUAAGCCUAUUCUUAAAAAAGACAAAUCUGUGGUGAAAAUUACUCAAGGAAGGCACCCACUAUUAGAAACACUGUCCGACAAUUUUAUACCUAACGAUAUUAUUCUUGAUGGAGGGAUGUUGAAGGAUAUUAAUUGGUUCAGUUCUGGAAGACAACGAAUUGCCGUAGUCACCGGAGCAAAUGCCUCAGGUAAAACAAUAUUCCUGGAGCAAAUUGCUUUGAUAGUUUAUAUGGCCCAUAUUGGGUGUUAUGUGCCAGCCGAUACCGCCGAAAUUGGCUUAGUAGAUAUGAUACUAACCAAAUUCAAGUCUUUUGAUUCAAUUUCAACUUCUAUGAGUUCUUUUGAGAGAGAUAGCAAACAACUAUCAAAGAUAAUGUCUUUGGCUACAAAGAGAAGCAUAAUAUUUAUUGAUGAAUAUGGAAAAGGCACAGAUACCAUAUCUGGUCCUUCAUUAUUAGCGGCUAUCAUACAAAGGUAUUCACAAUUACCUGGUGCACCACGCCUUUUAAUCUCAACACAUUUUUAUGAAAUAUUCCAAAAAUCAUCAUUAUUGAAGCAUCGAGGAAGCAUCAAGUUCUUGACCACCAAAAUUGUAUUAAAUAAUUGUGAGGUAGAGAACCUUGUUACCGAAAAUGAAGGCAUAGUAUUUUUUUACCAAAUAGUUGAAGGAAUUUGUGAUAGUUCGCUUGGUAUAUACUGCGCAAAGAUUUGUGGUAUAAAAAAGGAGAUCAUAAAUAUGGCAGAAUUAGUUCAUAAGCAGUUUAGCUUAGGGCAAAAACUUGAUUUGUCUCAGUUUGAGGUAACGGAUACAGAGAUGGAAAUUUUUUUGAAAUGCCAGACCAUUAUAAAAAGAUUUAUCUCGUGGGAUUUAAAUACAGAAUAUAUUACUGAAGAUUUAUUAAGAUCCAAGCUGAACUCUAUUUUAAGUUGUUCUACAAAAGAAGUCAUGCAAAUUAACUCAGAAUAA